CAUGGGAGUGGGCAUCAAGGGCCCGCGGGGCCACAGGGCUGCCAGGACACUGCCCGCCCCAGGACGGUGACGGGGUGGCUGGGAGCACCUGCUCGCCACCUCCCGUGUCCCCGUGUCCCCGUGUCACCUCUUCCCAGGAGCCUCGUGGCGUAGGUCCGGCCUUCCCAGCACCCUCGGCCCCACCAUGGGGUGUUCAUGACGGAGACGGGAAGCAGCAGGAGCUGGGGCAGCACGCGGGCUGGGAUGGGCAUUGCGGCUCCCCGAAGGACACGUCUGGGGACGGCACCAUCCUGCCCCCGGCUCUAAGGAUGCACAGGCUGCUCCUGCUCGGCUGCCUCUGGCUCCUGGCAGCACCCCCAGCGUCCAGCAUCUUCCAGCGGCCGACGGGGACCCCAGCCCCACCACGCCUGCAGUACCUGCUGGAGCCCCUCCACCCCACGGUGCACACGAGGCGUGGUGCCACGGCCACCCUGCCCUGCGUCCUGCGCGCCCUGCCCCACAACUACCGCGUCAAGUGGAGCAAGGUGGAGCCGGCCAACUACCGGGAGAACAUCAUCAUCAUCACCAAUGGGCUGUACCACAAGAACUACGGGCCGCUGAGCCCGCGGGUGCGCCUGCGGCACAGCCACCGCUACGACGCCUCGCUCACCAUCACCGAUGUGGCCCUGGAGGACGAGGGGCGGUACCGCUGCCAGCUUGUCAACGGGCUGGAGGAUGAGAGCAUCUCGCUCAUGCUGCACCUUGAGGGCGUCGUCUUCCCUUACCAGCCCAGCAAUGGGCGCUACAAAUUCAACUACCACGAAGCCAAGAGAGCCUGCGAGCAGCAGGACUCGCGUCUCGCCACCUACCAGCAGCUGUACAAAGCCUGGACAGAGGGUCUGGACUGGUGCAACGCUGGCUGGAUCCUUGACGGGACCGUCCACUACCCCAUCAUCAACUCGCGGGAGCCGUGUGGUGGCCGCCUCCUCCUGCCCGGUGUCCGGACCUAUGGCAUCAGGGACAAGCAGAAGGACCGAUUCGAUGCUUUCUGCUUCACCUCUGCUCUCCAAGGCCAGGUCUACUUCAUCCGGGGCCACCUGAACUUCAAGGAGGCUGGGCAGGCGUGUCGCAACCACGGGGCUGCCAUUGCCAAAGUGGGACAGCUCUACUCGGCCUGGAAGUUUUCACAGCUGGAUCGCUGUGACGGGGGGUGGCUGGCGGACGGCAGCGUCCGGUACCCCAUCACCACCCCCCGCGAGCGCUGCGGGGGGCUCCCCGACCCUGGCGUCCGCAGCUUCGGCUUCCCCAGCAAGGAGAUGAGGACCUACGGCGCCUAUUGCUUCGUAGGGAAGUAA